UACAGUACAUGAGAACAACAGCACGCCGGGCUGCUGGGACAGAUGGGGGGGGGGGGGGACAAAAGAAAGGAGGGAGAGGAAGACAAGAUGUGGGGUUAAGUGCUUGUAAGUGUGUGUGUGUGUGUGAGUGUGUGUGAGUGUGAGUGUGUAAGUGUGUGUGGAAUCAGACGUAGACGCUGUCCAAGUGCAAGACAGGGAGCCAGGGAGAGAGAUGCUGAGAGAGGAUGAAGAGUAACAGGGCGAGGCAGCAGCGUGAGGCAAUCAGUGUGUCUGUGCGUGUGUGUGUGUGCGUGUGUGUGAGAGGACUAGUGUGUGAGGAGAGGGAUGCAGACAUGUCUCUGUGAGAGGGAGCAGCACAGCAACGGUAACCAUGCUGAGCCCCAAGAUAAAACAGGCACGCCGGGCACGGUCCAAGAGCAUGGUGCUGGGAGAGUUGUCCCGGGUCUCCAGGCCCUGCUCUCCUCUGGGUCAGGAGAAGGCCCUGAAGGCCGGCUGGCUCAAGAGACAGCGGAGCAUCAUGAAGAACUGGCAGCUGCGUUGGUUCGUUCUGAGGACCGAAGCUCUUUAUUUUUACAAGGACCAGGAUGAAACCAAGGCACAGGGUUGUAUUCCUCUUCAGGGCAGCCAGGUCAAUGAGCUGCCCGUCAAUCAGGACGAGCCUGGUCGUCACCCGUUUGAAAUUGUUCCAGGAGUGGCUGGUGAAAAGGAUCGAACAGGCCUCAGCCACGAAUCAUUCCUGCUAAUGGCCAACUCUCAGAGUGACAUGGAGGACUGGGUCAGAGCCAUUCGUAGAGUCAUUUGGGCUCCUCUUGGAGGAGGCGUCUUUGGGCAGCACCUCGAGGAGACAAUGUUGUGCGAGGCCCAGUGUGGCCCUCAGCGACUGGUCCCUGUGCUGGUCGAACAGUGUGUGUGUUUCAUACGUGAACAUGGGCUCCAGGAGGAGGGCCUUUUUAGGGCCCCUGGGCAGACCAACCAUGUUCGAGAGCUGCAAGAUGCCUUCGACCGCGGCGAGAAGCCAGUGUUUGACAGUACCACUGAUGUCCACACUGUGGCAUCACUGCUAAAACUGUACAUACGGGAGCUGCCGGAGCCUAUAAUCCCGUUCUCCAAAUACACGCAGUUUCUCUCUUGUGCUCAGCUCCUUACCAAGGACAAAGAAAUGGGUAAUGUGGAGCUAGGCAAACAGGUGAAAUCCCUUCCUCAGGUCAACAACAACCUCCUCACGUACAUCUGCAAGUUUCUAGACGAGGUUCAAUCUCACUCCAGUGAGAAUAAAAUGAGUGUUCAGAAUCUGGCCACUGUGUUUGGACCAAAUAUCCUUCGGCCCAGGGUGGAGGACCCAGUUACCAUGAUGGAGGGAAGUACGCAGGUGCAGCACCUCAUGACUGUGCUGAUCAGUGAACACACUAAACUUUACCAAAGGGAGGAGGUCAAAACAGAAACCAAGAUUCCCCCGGAGCAGCAGCAGCAGCAGAGUUCUAUCCAACGCUGCAAAGUCGAAUGGCUCACACAGGAGGACACCGCCUCCCCGGCCCCCAAAACCCCUAAAGAGGAACUCAAACUUUCAACCCCUUCUAAAGACAGUGAGCCAACUGUGCAGAGUCCCAUUACAAUGUCGGAGAAGGGUGAGGAUGGUCAAAAUGAAGCAAAGGGCCAAGGUAAGACCGAAGAGAGAAUGGAUGGACAAGCAGAUGGCAAAAACGACGCCAGAGGGGGAAGCGAGGCAGCCGUCAGCCCCAGCAGACAGUCCAAAGCUCUGCCCGCCUGGAGGAGCAACUUCAAAGGAGGUGCAGCAUCCGGGGGGCAGAGGGGGAAAAUGGGGGGGUCGGCGGGAGACGUGUCAGCAGCUGGUGGGAGCAACUGGCUGAUGAAUGGCCUGUCAUCCCUCCGAGCUCACAAGCGCACCACCUCAUCUGGUGAAAGACUUAAAGACUCCAGUUUGAAGGAUUCAACCCUCUCCCUUAAAGAGGCCACCGUUCCAGCUAGGGACACACAGAGACACUCGGACGAAGACUCCUCUCAAACCCCCCUGUAUCAUCGGGCGCUCCUGCAGUCACACAGACUGUCUGCCUAUGACAACGUGGCUCCCUCCAGUCUAAGCCUUCCCGCUGACACGUCCUCCACCUGGACUUCCUUUGAGAUUUCAUUGGCCGAGCCAGAGGGCAGAGAUAAGGCAGCAAAAUUAGGGCGGGGUCAAGAGAGACCCAUAGAGGUGACGGACAGUUCGAGUCCCCUGGACAACAGUGCAAAGGGUCCUGAGGAAGGUACAAAUGAAGGUCUGAAGGUCCUGCUGAGCGAGCUCAAGCAGGAGCUGAAGGAACAGAGGACAAGCAACGAGACCAGCAUUCGCAAAUUGGAGGAGUCCUGUUCGGAGUACCAGUCCCAGGUAAACCGCCUCGAGGAGGAGCUGGACCAGGAGAAAAAGAAGUUCCACAUGCUGGAGAUCCGGUUCAGGAACUCGGAGCGGGCACAUCAAGACGCAGAGAACCGAAACGUUCUCCUCCAGAAGGAAAUGGAGGAGUUCUUCAAGACCCUCGGAGAUCUGACCACAGGAGCAACCAGGACCAACUAGAGGAGACCAACCUGCCUUCAUCUGGUUCAUUGGAGGAGAAAGAGGAGCUUGGGACUACCAGUUAGCUGCACAGCUUUGAAGACCAAAUAGUACUUGCCAUCUUGUUGUCUUUAGUACAGCCGUCUUGUGCCUACAGUGCCGCUGCAAGACGAGAUCUCCUCUGGACUAAGCAAUCAUUUUACUAUCCUGCCAAAUCCCUUACUAUUAUUCAUCUGACAUGUAGGUGACUAUUUAUGAACAGUGAGAAGAACAGGACUUACUGGUGAUAUGAGGUACAGUCUCCCAUGCACCCCAUUCAUUUCCCUUUGGAAAUCCUAUUCUCAAAAGAAAUGUUAACUUGAUAGUAAAAGAAAGAACAAUGUGAGACAUUAAAAUUCUACUGUUUUAUUUGC